UAAGAAAUGCAUCUUUAAAAAAGAUGUUUGAAAGAAUUAACCUGGAAAUUGUCUGGGCUUUGUGUUCUUUGUGAGGGGAGAAUUCUCCCUUCCCCCAGAGAAUUUUGGUUGCUUCUUAUUUUUAGAAUUUAUUUGAAAAACAGAGAGAUGCAUACAGACAGAGGAGAUCUUCAAUCUGCUGGCUCACUCCCCAGGUGCUUGCAAAUCUGGGACUGGGCCCGGUUGAAGCCAGGAGCUGGGUACUCAAGACUAUCUCCCUGGGGCAGGGUCAUCCCCUGCUGUCUCCCAUGGUGCCCAUCAGCAGGGAGCUGGAAUAUGGAAGCAGAGCUGGGACUUGAACCCAAGGACUCUGAUAUGGAAUGCCAGUGUCCCAAGCGCUAUUAUAAACAGGCUGCCCAACGCCUACCCUCAUGCUCUGUGUUUAAGUGGAAGAGCAUUUGUUCAUUUGGAAACUGAACAGGAAGGAUAGGGAAUCAAAGCAACGCAGGUGCCUGAGUGCAGACACACAGAAGCCAGGGGCCGUUUUUGUACUGCGAUGGUGAUGGUGACAACUUCCCAGGGCAGGCACCAAAUCCUGGAGGAGACGUGGUCUCGGGGCAUGGAUUGCUGCAGGGUGCUGGUCCUCGGCCUAUGCUUUCUGACUUUUCAGGGCGGGACAGCAGGGACAUCACCAGAAGAAAUUCAGAACCAGAUGCUCAGGAUGGAGAAGAUGAAGCUGGCUAGGAGGCAGAACUUGGCUCGUGCUGUGCAGGUGCACAAUCUGGAGCAGAUGCUGCUGAAUGCCAGCUUUCUGGGCCACAACCUGACCCUGCAGACCACCACCAUCCAGUCCCUGGUCUUCAAGCUCAACUGUGACUUUGCUGGCUUCUCACUGAGCAGCGCCACUUCAGGGCAGGUCCACCAGGUGCGGCCGGAGCACACCAUGCAGUUCCCUGCUGAGCUGACCACGGACGCCUGCAAGAGCCGCCCCACGGAGCUAAGGCUCAUCUGUGUCUACUUCCUCACGCCCUACUUCUUCCAGGACAAUGCCAGCUCUGCCCUGCUCAACGGCUACGUCCUGGGGGCCCAGCUGGACAACACGUCCGUGAACAACCUUCGGGAGCCCGUCAACAUCAGCUUCUGGCACAACCACAGCCUGGAAGGCCACACAGUGACCUGUGUCUUCUGGAAGGAGGCAGCCAGCCAGCAGCCCUGGGGGGCCUGGAGUGCAGACGGCUGCCGCACAGAGCAACCCUUGCCUUCUCGGGUGCUGUGCCGGUGCCACCACCUCACCUACUUCGCAGUCCUCAUGCAGCUUUCCCAAGCCCCAGUCCCCAUGGAGCUGCUGGCGCCUCUCACCUCCAUCUCUGUCGUGGGCUGCAGUUUCUCUGUGGUGGCGUCGCUGCUCACACUCCUGCUGCACCUGCACUCCAGGAAGCCAAGCGACUCCACGACACGCAUCCACAUGAACCUGCAUACCGCCGUGCUGCUCCUCAAUGUGGCCUUCCUGCUGAGCCCUGUGCUGGCUGACGGGCCCAGAGCCGUGUGCACGGCGUUGGCUGCUGGCCUCCACUACGCCCUGCUCAGCUGCCUCACCUGGGUGGCCAUCGAAGGCUUCAACCUCUGCCUGCUGCUCGGGCGUGUGUACAACGUCUACGUCCGCAGAUACGUGCUCAAGCUGUGCACACUGGGCUGGGGGGUCCCGGCCCUGCUGGUGUUGCUGCUCCUGGCUGUGGAUAGCUCUGUGUACGGACCCCGGAGGAUCCCUGUCUCCGACAGCCGCCUGAAUGACACAGGCUCCAAGAACGCGUCCCUGUGCUGGGUGCGGAGCCCAACGGUUCACAGUGUCCUGGUCAUGGGCUAUGGUGGCCUCACGUCCUUGUUUAAUCUGGGGGUGCUGGCCUGGGCCCUGUGGACUGUGCGCAGGCUGCGGGCACGGGAGAAGGUGCCAGGCUCCCAGACCUGCCGCAACACCAUCCUGGUGCUGGGCCUCACGGUGCUGCUGGGCACCACCUGGGCCCUGGCCUUCUUUUCCUUCGGUGUUUUGCUUAUGCCACAGCUCUUCCUCUUCACCAUCUUCAACUCGCUCUAUGGUUUUUUUCUUUUCAUCUGGUUCUGCUCUCAGAGAUGCCAUUCCAAGGCAGUGGCCAAGGCAGACAUGGCGGCCCCCAGCUCCUCCCAGAUGGUGCAGUAGCCUGGCCUCCCUGGCUGCCAGCAGAGGGAGGCAAGGGCUGCCACUGGACACCAGCAUCACUGUGCCCCCCAGGGCCGCCUCUACUUCCCCUUGUGCCUUAAGUGCAGAGGACAUACGUGGUUCUUCCUCCCCCAAUAGUUGGCUCUGGGAUGGGUCAGCCCAGAUGCUGGCAGCGGAUCCCCAGCUGAUCUCGCUGCAUGAUCUGCAUCUGCCAGGGGAGGGGUUACCACUAGCCUGCCCUGGCCUCCUCGUCUGGCCCUGCUUACCCUUCUCAUUGGGGUCGUCGAUGUCACCCUGGGCCCAGGACCCUUGCCCAGCACUGAAACCCACCUGGUGUCAACGCUGCUCUUGACCUUACACAGCUUGCCAGUGCUUUCACAGGAUGGACACCAGGGGGCGCAGUAUCCUGUGCCCAGAGGCCACGGGUGCUACUGCAGGGCAAUGGGGUGCUUCCUGUUUAUGGAGAUGACGCCCCAGGCCGAGACCACAAUGCCAUGAAGACUGGGACUGCUGGGAACCCAGCAGGAAGGAAGGCUGGCCCUUGGUGACUCCACUGUUGCAACUGCUCCUGAGGGCUGUGCUGUGGGGCAGCCUCUU